AUGCUGAGCGUCUGGGUACUGCUGUGUGUGAGCUGGGCUGUGUGUGCCACGGGGCAGGAGGAGCCCCUCUCUGUACCAGGAACGGGCUCUGAUGUCUGGGGGCUGGAUCCCCUCACGGCACCAGGGACCGAAGCUGAUGUCUGGGGGCUGGAUCCCCUCACGGCACCAGGGGCCGAUACUGAUUUCUGGGGCCAGGAGCCCCUCUCUGUACCAGUUGCCGACGCUGAUGUCUGGGGGCAUGGUCCCCUCUCCUCACCAGUUGCCGACACUGAUGUCUGGGGGCAGGAUCCCCUAUCCGCUCCAGGGGCCAAUGCUGAUGUCUGGGGGCAGGAUCCCCUAUCCGCACCCGGAACAGAAGCUGAUCUCUGGAGAGGCCUGAUCACCACCACCACCACCACCACGUCUCUCCCCUGGACGGACUCCCCUGUAGCACCUGAUGCCAACACGACCUCCAUACCGCAGGCAGAAGAGGAGGAGGAGAGGGAUGUGGACUUGAAGAAAGACACUACAGCAGCCUCAAGGGCACGUAGGGCAGGGGAGCCUCAGAAGCAGAAGCGGAGGCGUCCAGGGGCCAAGGCAGCGAAGAAGGCCAAGGAGGAGGAGGAGGAGGCAGAGGCAGAGGCAGACACACAGAGGCUCUGCACUAAGGGGUUGAAUUCUGUAAUGAUCUACUCUGUCCCCGUCUAUGGUGUCUCUGGCCAUCUCCAGCUGCAUGUGCAGGAGCCGGAUGUGGGCCGCACGGAGCCGGAUCUGGGCCGCACGGAGGCCGUGUGGGUGGAGAUGCAGUCGGUGCUGAGGAAGAGGAACCAGGGGCGCCUGGACCGGGUCAUGCAGGACCUGAUGGGCCAGAAGAAAGAACUGAUGGAUGAGGAGGGAACCAACGGAGAGAAGGGGAAGGGAGGAAAGAAGGUGGAGGAGGAGGAGGAAGAAGACGACGAUGAUGACGAAGAAGAAGAGGAUGACGACGAUGAGGAGGAGGAGGAGGAGGAAGAGGAAGAAGAAGAGGAGGAGGAGGAAGAGGAGGAGGAGGAGGAGGAGGAGGAGGAAGAGACGGAGGAGAGUGAUGCAGUGUCCAACAGCACCGUGGCUCCUACGGUCUUUACAGACACGCUGCCUGCCAGCUGCCAGCAGGGGGCCUCAGUGAUCUCCUGUGGUGACAUUCCCAUGGGGCGCCUGCCACUCCUCACCGACCCAGCAGUCACCACCCUGCAGCUGCCUGGAGCCAACAUCAGUAAGAUUCCCGCGCGGGCGUUCUCAGGUGUGCCCCACCUGGAGGAGAUCGACCUGAGCAGGAACCUGCUGGAGGACUCGUCCAUAGGCACCUAUGUCUUCAAGAACCUGACUAUGUUGAAGAGGUUGCGUCUGGACUCUAAUGGUCUGACUACGCUGCCUCUGCUGCCCGCCUCUCUGGAGGAGCUCAGCCUCACAGGCAACAAGUUCAGCGUGCUGCUGCCCAAGACCUUCAGAGGCCUGCUGAACCUGCGCUCUCUGGAGCUGAGCCAGAAUGAGCUGUACGAUGACGCCGUCUCCCCGCUGGCCUUCAGGCCGCUCAAGAAGCUCCUCAUCCUGCGCCUGGACAACAACAACUUCCGCGCCAUUCCCAUGGGCCUGCCGCCUUCACUCUCUGAUUUGAGCAUGCGUGAAAACCAGCUGCAGGAGGUGGACGGGCUCUCGCUCAACAAGUCCGUCAACCUGCAAGCACUGGACCUGAGUCACAACUACCUGCGAGAACACACCAUCUCCCCGCAGGCCUGGAAACACCUCCCAAAGCUGGAGUCCCUGGACCUGUCGGGUAACCAGUUCUCGGUGGUGCCUCCUCACCUCCCGAUCGUCCUGAAGCAGCUCUCCAUGCUGAGUAACCAUGUGGACUCCAUCCCUGCCUUCGUGCUGGCCCACCUGAGCCCCGGCCUGCAGGCCCUGCGCCUCUCACACAACCGCCUGCGCAACGAGGGCCUGAAGUCCACGCUGAUGGAACUGCAAGUGACUUGA